AUAUUAUUAUCCUUUUUGGGCAACAAUUAUGCUGGCGUUUCAGUAUUGGACGGAAUGCUAUGUGUUAAUUCUGGUACUGGUUUGAUGGGGGUCGGAUCUUUUAAGUUAUGGGUAUUGAAAGACUAUGGUGUUAAGGAAUCUUGGAAUGCAUUGCUCACUAUAGAAGAUCCCUUGAUUCAGAGGCUCUUACCAAAAUAUAGGUUUGCUGAUGGUGAAGUGCUAUUCUAUUGUGCAUAUAUGCCAAGUGGUGAUGUUAGGUCCUUGUUAAGAAAAAAAAUUCCACAUGGUGGGUCUGUAUUUCGUACAACCGCCAGUGGACCAUUUGUUUCAUGGCUGCAAGCUGGCCCUCUCAACGGAGAAGCUUUUACAGAAAGCUUGAUCUCUCCAAAAUUUCUCUUCCCCCACGGGGCACUUGUGGGAUUUAACUGUAGCUGGCCAUGUUGGUUGUAUGUUAAUGUAUUGUAUGACCAGUGCACUUUCCUUUUUCCAAUAAUUAUGUUACCAUGUUGUACGGAUAGUGGCUGGACAUGUCUAAACAUUUUCCUAAUAUGAUUUUAAUAUUUAUUAUUUCAAGUUUAAAAUUUCCUAGUUUAAAAGUUACUAAUAUAGUUUAGUAUAUAUUAUUUCCAUAAAAAUAAUAUUUGAAUCCCAUGCUAUAUGGGAUAGGUUUCCUUAUAUAUAUGCGAAUGAAUUUUGUUACUUUUAGACAACAUUAUUAUUAAUUGCGAGUUAACCUUCUUAAUAUCUUCAUGUGCGUGACUAUUUGAGAUUUAUAUUACAACCUUAUAGAAGCUACUAUUUAAGAGGUACGAUUAAUUGUUUAACUUAUAUUCUUGGAUCUUAUUGAUAACUCGUCUUGUACUAAUUAUUGCAUUUUUCAUCUAAGUUCUUGAAGUUGUUUGAUUAUAUUAUAGCUUCUGUCUAAAUCCUAGAUUUAGCGUCCAUAUGUCGAUUGUGGUUAAUUUGCAAUGUCUAUCUACUUGCUUGCACCUUGUGAUAUUUUACUACAUGGAUUUAGCUACAAACUCGUCACUAAUCCGUAGUUAGUUUGCUUGUACCUAACAGAAAAUCAUCCCAACGGAUUUUGUUUAGCUAUAGAAUUUGUCUGUCACUAAAUCCUAGUAUUUUUUUUAGUAGUAUUUUGCUGUCGUUUAUCUAAUCGUAUUAUGAUGAUGCAUUAAAGAAUUGUCACAUUGAGUUUUGGUGAAUUAGCAAUCGUUGUUCUGAAGCAUUGUAGUCGCUAAUUUGCUCGUAACAAACAUUUAUUUGUUACUAAAUAGGAUAGUGGCGGAUUUUUUUGUUUAGCUACAUAAUUUAUCUGAUGUUAAAUCCUGUUUCGUUAGAAGUGUUUUGCUCUCGUUGAUCAAAUCUCAAUAUAAUGAUAUAUGUCGCUGAUAGCGGUGAAUCUGCAUGCAUUCGAUGUGAAGCAUUGGAGGAUUGUAUCAUACCCUCUCCGGUAUUAGUACUAGAUAUGUUGGUGUUGUUGUAGUUGUCGUUGAUCUAAGCUCUCUAGUUAAUUUGUUCGCAGUUAACAAAAAAUUGUGGCGAUGGAUUUUGCUGUUUAGCUACAGAAUCUCUGUGUUGCUAAAACCCUUUUUUUUUUGUUAAUCUUGUCUAAUUAAUUAUGAUGAUAGGCAUUAUAGGAUUGUGAAGUUGAGUGCUUCAAUGGAGGUUAUUGUUGCUGACGAUGGCGCUGUAUUAGCAGAGGCAGCAACAUUCGAUUGGAAGAAUUGGAGGAUUGCAUCAUACCCUCCUGUUCACCAGCGUUACUUGGAUAGAAUCAGUCCUUAUGUACUCUAUAGGUGGAUUGGAACUGCUGUCUUGGCAAUCAUUUAUGCUUUUCUGAUUUAUGUCCGUGGAUUCUACGGAUUAACACUAUAUAUAGCGGGCGACCGCUUUAUGAUAAGUCUGUUCAAGUUCCUGUCCGCCCAUGUCGAUCCUAAGAUGAAAGAAGAAGGACCUCUGUUGUCAAUUAAAGGUUCGGAUGAGUUCAAACCUCUCAUUCGUGAACUUCCUGAGAUCAAGUUCUGGUAUGCCGCAACAUUUGAUCUCUGUCUGGCAUUUGCCAUGGCUUUCUAUCCCAUAAAGGAUCUUGAGGAUGUUAAGGCUUAUCGGUUCGUUCUUUUGUUCAUGUGUUCUCUGCUCUACUUCACAAAAUUGGGGAGUGCAAUUUACAAAUCAAGGAGAUACAAAUAUAAUCCAUUUACCCUGCAAAUAAGUAGUCCCUGAAUGGACAGCAGCAACAUUGGUAAUUUGGUAUGUGUAAAUAGGAAAAAGAGACUAUAUGGAAUUGCUAUAUGCUCCAUUUUAGUUGCUAUUUUGAUGUCGUUAUUGAAUAAAAUUCAAAAGACAAACAACAACUUUAUGGUAA